CCCUCGGCCAGCGUCGGCGCGCGCACCGCUCGUACGUCCGCGUAAAAAUAAAGUCCACGGCGCUCGUGUACUCCAAACAUUUAUAAUUAUCAGUAAAUCGCCGCGAGAGCACACGACUGGCACGGCCAGUGACCGCUCGCUGAAAAACCGCGAUCUGUCUACCCGAGCCCUUCAGCCCGCAUACCACGAAAUCCCUAUACGCGACGUAACUAACCCGUCAAAAUCGCGACUCCUACGCAGACACCGGUGUCGGGGGCGCGAGCCGCGUUUGAUUGGACGCCGCGUGUGAUUGUGUGAUAACGUUGUGACAGUGAUAACGAUUACAAUCCGUAUUUAAAUAUGCCUGAAAAACCUAAACGACGCAAGCCAAAUAAAAAUCAACGCAAUAGGAAUAAAAAUAAACAAGAACAAAAUAAAAAUAACAAUGUAGAAAGCGUUUUGAGCUCUGAAUCAUGUAGUGCUGAUGUUGAAAACAAAGAAACUUGUUCAACACUUAAUGAAUCCAAACCUGAAAUUACAAUACCUUUAAAUGACAAGGCGACAAUAAAAGAUGAAAAAAAUUCUAAAAACACUUCCGACAAUGAGUUAACCACGAAUCAAGAUUUGAAUAGCAAUAGUACUGAAUUGCCGGACUUAAACACUGUCGACAGCAUGAAACUCACAGUGGACAGCGUUACUAAUGACCCGCAAUACGUCGUGGAAUCUCCUGAGCAGUCACUUAAAGGCAAACCCAAAUUAAACGCAAAUGUAAAAAGCAAGAGCUUAGAUAAUGAGGAAGCUACGAAAAUUGUUGAGAUAACCGAAGAAUGUGGCUUACAGUCUGAUGAUGAAAGUACAUUACAUUUAAUUGAUAGCAGUAGUGUUUUAGUAUCUGAUGUUGAGUCAGAUAUAGAAUGGGAAAAGACAGAUGAUUUAGAAGAAGGCUCGAUGGUUUCACGUGAUUUAACUAAACCUUUAACAACUUGUGAUAUUCCUAUUACAUUUACACCAAGUGAACAAAGCAGGACGUUGACCCCUGAAGAAGAAGAAUCUUUGCGCAACUGUUUACAAAAUCUUCCACUGACUAAUUCAACUUAUGAUUCAUCUGAAGUUAUUGUUCAAACCGUACAAGUUGUAAAUCAUGGAGUUAAGCAUAGACUACGCAAAAAAGCAUCUGCUGAUGACUUGAUCUUUAAUAGACUGGGUCCUCCAAGAAUACUAGACGUGAUUGAUGAAGAAGGAAGUGGCGAGUCGUCAAAAAGCUCAAGGCGCCAAUCAUAUUUAAGCGAAAGAAAAAAUGUCAAUGACGAUUUAGACGAUGAUGUAUUUGAAGAUAAGACAAAAACUAAUAAGUUUGUUACUAAAAUGAAUCACAAUAAGUUUGGAAGGCAAAUUCAACAACAAUGCAUGCUUCUUGAUACCAAGUUAAAAGAACCGGAAAUCAGUGAAGCACGAGGAGACUGGUCAGUGUCGAAUGUGGAAAAAAUGACUGGAGCUGAAAUUGUAUAUUUAACGGAUACGUCGAGUAGCACAAGUUCAAUUUAUGAUAAUAGUGAAGAAGGGGAUGACGGAGUUGAGACAGAUGCUUCAGUCAGAAUGAUAACGCCAACAAUUGAAGUAACGGAUACCGAGACCUUGCUUAAGGAAACAUUUGCUGCAAGUCAAGAAGCAUCCACGCAAAACAUCCCUCAAGUAAUUGAAAUACCAACAGAAAUCAAACAAGGCGACAAUCAGUCAGUUCUUCACUCCCAUGAAAUAGUAGUCUUAUCCACUGAUCAGAUAAAGACUAAUUUAACUGUCAAAGACGUUGAGUCUGAUAAUAAUGUAAAUACAACGUGUGAUACGAACAAUACUAAUAUCAGUAGCGAUUCAGAAACACAAAAAUCAAAUAACGGAUACGACCUAGAAAUGAAAGUUUUAAAAUGCGAAUUAAAUGAUGCUAUAAAUACUUUAAUAAAGGAAGUUUCGUCCGAUACUGAAUCCUCCGAAAAAUAUGGAAAAGAAAUGUUAAAUAGACAAGAUUCUUCUAGCAGUGUUGGUUCCUCCCAAUGCACGGCCAAAUACAACCCCACUUAUUCAUCCCUUAACGAUGUCUCUAACAUUGUGCAUGAUGACAUGAGCGAACUCCCCAUCAAUAUUCAACACACAAUUGAAACUAGUAAUACAAGUCAUGUAAACGAUGUAUUUAAAUGUGUUACAGGGAACGCCUCACAAAAUAAAAAAGGAACUUUAGACGAGCCAUCCACAUUGAAAGAUCUAUGUGUUCAAAAGAUCGCAGCAUUUCCUUAUGGUGAUAAAAUACUAGAAGAAUUGGCAUCAGUGUCAAAACGACUCCAAAAUAUAACAAUUUAUAGUCAGAACUCUAACAGUGAAACCAAAACAACUGCUGUUGGUUCACAAAGAAUUCCACAGUUUCAGUCUAAAGAAAAUAUGCCUUAUUAUCCUUUGCCUGAUGUUUCAUCUAUUGAAAGGGUAACAUUAUCUUCUAAGAAUAAUGAUCAUAAUCCACCUCCAGUGCAGCCUCGCAAUUCCUCGUUGAAAUUGUCUCAAGAUGAAAAUCAUUGGGUAGGGGUGCCAACAGAAACGGAACCGGUUUAUGUUUGCUUAUCACCAUCUCAAAAAAUGUUAAUGGAAAAAACAAACACAGUAAUAACUAAAGAAGAUGCUAGUCAACUUGUUGAUAUGCAUAAAAAGUAUGUUGAUAGAAGAGGUUAUAACGAAUAUUAUGACAAAGAGCUCAGAAAAGAAAACCAACGGCCAGAUAACGCUCCUGUUGUGCCAUUCAAAUCCCAAACUGGGUCUCGGUUACUGGCGUUGAUACGUGACCCAGCUGUCACUGAUAAUAUUAAUUCUAUGAAAUCAAAGAAUCAACUAAAAAUAUUAGACCAAAUAGAAAGUAUUGACAAAAAAUCUCAAGCCAUGUUUAAAAAACAAGACCGAUACAAUUCGGCCAGAAAUUUUACAAGCAACUUAAAACCUGUUCCUCCCCCUAGAACUCGUAAAUUUUCGUCAUCAAUAUAUGAAAGCGACGAAAGUUCUGAUUUUACAGAUAGUUCAUUUCGCUCUUUUAAAAAUGAGAGAAAAUCAUUUCACUACUCAACUGGUAAUUUAAGUAAAGAAAUUGAAAAUGAUAUAUCUUCAAUUCAAAAUAUGCAUCGAUAUUACACAGAUUUUAGAGAUCAGUUCAAAGAACAAAGUGCUCCAAGAAGACCGUCUUUGCCCAAAGAUUUGUGUGACCAGCAAAUGGAAUAUAUACGACAAAAAGAAAAAGAAGUAGAAGCUGAAAUACGUCGACUUGAAAAUGAAAAGCUUAGUUUCCCUGUACAGCUGAAACAAGGGCCCAGGGCUCCGCUACUAUCAGAAGCCGAAGUCUAUAACGAAAAAAUUACUCGUACUAGUAGUCACAGCAUGCUUCUUAAAAAAGAUUCGGAGUUAAAACUGUCUGCUCUUAAAUCGCCAAAAGUACCAGAAAAACCAGAUAAAGGAAAGUUGUCUGUUUUCAGCAGUAGUCAAGAAGAACUACUACGUGAGAAAAUGUAUUCAGAAUAUGUCAAUCAAAUGGCAGAACGCGAAGAAAGAAGGCAACAAAAAGUAAUUAAAAUAACCAACAAUAGUAAACCUGUGGCAUCAACUUCGGAAAACCCUUUUUCUAAAAGUAUGCCAGCCUUAGAUUUUCUUGAUUCUAAAGUAAAUAAUAGAAUCGAAAAAGAAUUUAUUUGGAAAGCAAGAGAAAGGUGGAACAAAUUAGGUAUUAAAGAUCCCGAAACAGAGGAUGAGAGAGAUGAGAAUAAUAAAGAUGUUUAUAAAGAACCAAAAGUAAUUGAGCACAAAAUUAAAGUUAUAGAAGGAGGUGAAGAAAAAGAUGUCAAGAAGUUGCCUAGCCAUCUGCAAGACUUCGUUCGUUUCACUGUGAAGGACACCGAUCAGGGAAAAAGCAGUCCGGAGACCGUCAUGAUCGCACCGCGGUUUAAAGCGCGCUCCACGUCGCCAGCGGUGUGGAGGCCAGGCGCGCCGACGCCGCCGCCCGCGCCCGCGUCGGUCGCGCGCUCGCCGGGCGCGCCGCCGCCGCCACCGCCGCCGCCGCCAGUGUGGACCCCGGGCAGCGCUGGCGCUUCGCCCCAGACGCCAAGGAAGUCCUUCAGGCCUGUGCACUUUGAGGAGACGCCGCCUAUUCGUAGGAAGUUUGGGAGUUCGGAGCAGAACGGCUGCACGAGCGGCUCGGAGAGCGAGGGACGCCUGCGGACCAGCCACAGCGCCCCGGCCACCGGCCUCAACUCCUUGGGGAACUCGUCUAGCCGUCUUCCUCGUGCACAGAACCCCACCGUCACUCUUCUGCAGAAAGCUAGAGAGGGGCAGUUCUCGCGAGGUUCCAGCUACCUGCAACAGGAAAGAGAUAGCGCGCGUUUGCCGCGUGACAGAGUUUCUCCACCGAAAAGCGAUCCCAUUCACGCUCUACGCAGAGAGUACGCAAGUGAGGGAGAGGCGGACAGGAGCGACUACGAACGCGGAGGGCCACGUAAAAUGGCACAUGCUCAUGAAAAAGUUGAAGGAAUCGGACCCACGACCAAAGACGGCAUGCCAGUAGCUCUGAGAUCUGAAGUCAAAGACCAGUCAAAAUGGUACAAGAAAAUGUACGACACCAUACACAAAAACAAAUACGACGACGAUUUUGUGACUAUUCGGUACAAAAGCCGCCGAGGUCAACAACCGCAGAGGGUGACCAACAAGUCCCAGUAUGCAUACUUCGAUCCCCGCUCCGGUUACCUGAGUGAGCCGGAAGGGGGCCUGAGCCGACUGGGCUCCAGCACGUGGAGCGAUGCAUAUGACAGUGAUGUUACUAACAGCCCUCGGAGAAGGACCACCUCUGUUCAGGAAGAGAGACGCCAUGAAGAAAUCCCUUCGCCAUAUCUACCUAGUAAUAAGUAUAGUACCUUAGCAUCAGCAAGAGCUAGCCAAGAAGUGUACAAAAAUCAGCCCGGCAAAAUAGAGAACUAUGUCCCUGGCAGAUCUUCAGUUGUUGACAAAGAAGCUAAACAGUGGUGGGACGAGGUCAUGGACAUUUUUGAUGGGUGGCUAGACGACAACUCACCCCUGCCCCCUUACACCACAUUGCUCGCUCGCGCGAUUCAGAAGAGCCAAAUAUCAGCACAAAGCACGACGUCACUGCCACAAGCAUCGCCGAAAGAGAAGAAAGAUAUUACGUCUGCUAUUUUAUCUAAAUCCAAUAUGGCGCGAGCCCUGAAAGAGUCAGGCUACGAGUCAGACUCGACGCUAGUGUUCCGCCGUCGCGACGACACGGAAGGCCCGCUGUCCCCCGCGGAGCGGCGCGCGGCCUACAGAGACCUGCAGGCCGGCGGCGAGCCCCCGCUUAGAGGGUUCCGGUCGCCCGCGCCUCCUAGGACAGACGAAUCGGAAAUCGAAUACAUUCCGAUUUCUCCCACACUGACGAAGAUAAGAGUCCACAAGAAGUCGCCUCAGUUACAAGAAGUUAUUUGCUAUCCGGUCACCGGCAUUGAACGAGAUACCAAAUACAAGAAGAAAGGACCUUCGUUCAUUAGUGUUGAUGUGCCAACCAGAAUCGCAAACUAUCCUCCCGCGCCUCCUCGAAGGAUAUCUUCCAAAAACAGUCGAACGUUAAGACUUGUGACGUCGACAAAGCCUGCGACAUCAUCAGUUCCAACUACAGUACACUCUCAAUCUAAUGUAGAUUUUCUGAAAAAUAAAAUUAGCCAUAAACUAACCAGACAAAAUACGCAAAUACUUAGUAAAAGAGAACCUGAUAAUAAAACUCCCACUGAUAAAACAACACGAAGUCGAAUUAUGUCCAUGUCUGCACCACCAGCUAUCAAUAGAAGAAACACUGUUUCAGUUACAAGGAGUCUGCCUAAAAAUUUAGCAAAUGAAAUUAGAGCUACAGGAACAAGUAGCUUUGGUUCGCCAAGAAAUACUUUGUUGCCCACAGAAUAUGCCAAACCGUUACACAGCAGAUAUAAGGACUCCCAAGCAUCUAUUGUCAUUGAAGGUGGUGCUGGCAGAAGAACACCUAUUUCAAAUAUUUUAGACAAAGUAACCCCAAUAGACAAAUUAUGGAGUGCUGAAAAACGUAAUGAACGAAUCGAAAUAUCUAAAAUAAAACCAAAACCCAUAACUAAAUCCAGUGUUAGUUCGUCUAGAUUGAGCCCUUUAAAAGCUACAUCAAGUGUAUCCAAUUUGAAGUCUAAUGCAAAUUUGCCUUCGCACAGAAGUCGUGACAUGAUGCGGACUGCUGAAAAAGUGCAAAAAUAUAAGUUGUCAAAUCAAGCUAAAUCAAGCCCAUGUUUGACUACCAAACCUAAUGCUUACAGACAGUCGAAACCACUUCAAGUGUCGACCGUUUCCAAAGCUUCAGGUGACACAAAAAAUCAAAAUCAAAUUAAAACCGCGACAGUGACUAAUUUGAGAAAGAAGAAAUCUCUUGACAGCAUAAUUUUAAGACCUCGUAGUGUUCCAUGUCAUGAGUCAUGUAGUAAAAAGUCGAAAGAAAUUAAUAAGCCAGUGAAAAAACAUUCCAAAAUAAAAGUGUCGAAAGUAAAAAGUUGUGCCAAGUCAUCGGACGAUUGUGAUUCUGUUAGUCAAUUUGGGGAUACAUCUAACGACGUGUCUAAUUUCGGAUCAUUUGAAGACUUGAGAAAUAAUAAAAUAAGUGCCAAGGACAUUAAACAAACUCGUGAUGCUGUUGUAUCGGAUUCAUUCUUUCAACAUCUUUUCUUAGGGGGUACUCAUAUACCGUCAAUAUCACAGCUGUCUCCGGAAGAAAAGACGUCCGUCCUGCAAAAAGCAAAAAUGUUCCAGUCUUUUCCUCAAGACAAUUACUCCACGAAGUCAUUAAAUACAUAUUUGAUACAUAGGAAACCAGUAUCCUUAUCGCGUUUUAAAAUGUGGGAUAGAUAUCCUAGUCCUGCAAAAGUUCAAGCCCCGCGCUCGAUAUCUUGGCCCGGAAGGAUGUACAAGGAAGUACGUAAGUUCGAUAGCUUGUCAAAAUGCGAAGAGUUUGGGUCAAAUUCUUCCCUUGCUACGGUCAGAAGUAGAAGUGAACCUCCAACGAACAAGUUAUAUUUCUCACAAACAUCUCGGCCUAAAUCUCCUACUGUCAUAUUUUACAAACAUGAAAGGCCAAGCAAGCCAGACAAGCCAGGUUCCAAUAGAGAUUCUUUGUCGCCUUCAAAAUUAUUUUUUUCUCAAACAUCGCGGCCAGUUUCGCCUAAAGUUACUCGUAAAGAAACACAGAGUCAAAAUGACCAGGGUUCUAAGGUCAAAAGGCAGUCAUUGUCACCAACAAAAAUAAUAUUCACUGAAACUUCGCGGCCAGUAUCGCCGAUUAUAACACAUAGGAAACCCAAACCAGAACGAGAAGAAAUGCAUUUUGAAGAGAAAUUGCAACCAUCGACUAUUUUCUUUUCUCAGACUUCUCGACCUGUAUCACCUAAAGUUCAAAAAAGGAAUACUUUAGGAACGUCAAGUAGAAGCCAAUCGACGUCACCGGUUUCUUUUAGAUCCCCAUCGUAUAGAAGAAUACAUAAUGCACGCAUCCAAAGUGUGAAGCUAAAUGAGGAAGUGGAGCCCAAAAAAAUCAUUCGUACGAGAAGCGCAGAUGAUGCCAAGAAAAGGCACCCUGUAACUAUUAAAAUUACAAAGACCAAAAGUAACCCAAAUAUUCCUUCGGAGGACCCAGAUUAUGACGAAUAUAUUCGUGAUAUGGAAAAUUCGAAAUCUAGAUCCGAGAGAUUUAGAGAACUUAACAGAUAUUAUUCAUAUUUAGAAAGAGUUGGCGAGUUGGAAAGGGCUACAUCAACAGCUGAUUUACGCCAUAGAAAAAAAUAUGAAGAAAUUAUAGAUUUCGAUCGUUGGAAAAAAAUUAGAGCUAUAGAAAGGGCUGAGGAGGAGUUAAACAACCUUUAUCACAAGCUAAGAAUUGCACAAUCAGAAAAGGACGUUUUAUUUUAUCCCAGAGAUGUAAAGGAUUUUAGGUGGAACUAUGACAGUGAUCGGGGACUGAGAAUUAAGGAAAAAUCUGUAGAAGAUCUCAAAGAACAAUUUCAACAAGGAAAUGAAUUUGACUCUUUGGAAUUAGAACAGUCAAAAGAUACAUACAAACCUUUAUGGAGAGGCACUAGUGUUGCUGAAACCGCUUUCAAUAUUAACAGAAAGGAUGAAAAUAAGUUAAAUCGAGACUCUAUCGUGUAUGUAAAACCUACAGUAAUGUUGCAAGAUGCUUCAAUUACAGAACUUCGAAAAAGAAUUGGUCUUGGCAACCGUUUAUGGAGCAGUUUAUCGAUGGAACAAGUAAAUGCUUUAAAAAACCAGUUGAAUGCUAUAUACAGCAAAGAGCUGGAAUCUAAGUCAGCGAAAGAUAAUGAUAAAUAUUACGUAGAAGUAAAGGACACCAAAGAUGUAAAAAACUCCACUUUACACGUAAGAAGUAAUUCUCUUAACUCUACUUGCUCAUCCCCUGUCAAAGAAAACGAAUUAAUCAAAUCAGACUCAAUUGCUGCUAUAGCAUGUUCAGUGCCAUCAGUUAAAGAUCUCAAAAAUAAUGUUAAUAAAAUACAGAUGAGUCUCAGUGAAAACGAAAAAAGAAAAAUAUCCCAAACACUGAGUAAAGAAAUCAUGAAUAGAAUAAACAAACUAGAUGGGUCAGUGUCUGAAGAAAGCCCAAAAAUAACGCCCCAGCCCUUACCUGUUACACAAGAACAUCAACUGGUCCCUUCAAAUGCUUCAUCCACUGUGGGUGUUAUGGAUGAAAACCAAGAAAACGAAACUAUUGAGAGUAAGCAAGCCGCCCUUCAGGCCGAAAACAUUGAAACAACACAUCCGUCAUCUGCAAGCGAAACUGAAACAGGUAGUUCGGAUGUUUCUAAUAAGACUGUCAUUUACAGAGGACCCAGCAAAGAUGUUAAGAAAAAAGUGGAAUAUUUUGAAUCGCAAAAUACCGUCGAUCAAGCCAAAAUAAUUUACCACGCAAGAGAUAGUUCUGAUGAUAAAGAAACUGCGAACAAAUGUAAAAACAACAUAGUGGAAGAUCAAAAAGAGGAACCUCAAAAACCACAAAUAUUUCAAUCGCAAUCGUGCACAAAUUUUAAAGAAUUAUUCGGUGAAAGUGAAAAAAAUAAAUUUAUGUCGCUUCCGCCGAAGCCCGGAAUAUUAUCGAGGUCGCCUUCACCCCAUUCGGAAGUGUACGUGACAGGACGGCGUACACCAGACACGCUACUGUGCUCGAGCGAUGAGACGAUCUGGCGCAGUCGGAGCCCGUCGCCCGACCCGGAGCGGUAUUGGCGCGCAUACCUCAACCUGGCUCGGGCGGGUGAGGUGCGCCGCCUGGCGCGGCGCUUCGACUCGCCCACUGCGGCCGGCGCGGUGCUGCGGCGACAUCUUAGUGACCCUGAGAUAUCACGAAAUGUCCAACAUUACGAUAGUACCCGAAGGUACAAGCAAAAAACGGUUCUUCCCGUAGCGCGAGUCCCUCUUCGACCAACUAAUCGUUACAUGCCUCACAUCGAUAUCAUAUCAAAAUUAGCAGCUCUUCGAAGACGUGCCACACCACGCUCUAGAUCAGCCGAAGAAGCGUUAGAAUGCCGCCCCGGAGAAGUGAAUCGUAUUCGACGCCGGUUCGAAACUAUGUCACUGUUAGGGCAAAUAUACGCUUCCGCUCCUGACAUGAGCGAGCUGCGAGACAUCGCGCCGUAUCUAGCCGGUCCGUGGAUAGCGCAUCGUUACCCUAAACGCAGCGAUAAUAAUAGGUCCAUUAAAGAUACUUCUAGUUUGGUUAACGGGAGGAAAUCACCAAUAAAAAAAGUGAUCAAGCCGCAUGCCAAAGAUCCGGUUAGAUUGAGUUCGAUAUUAAAAAGCGAUGUGUUCGCAAAACAAGAAUUUAAUGCAUCGGCACAUAGACCGGCGAGUCGCUACGAGCCUCCGCGGGCGCCCCCGCGACCGCCGCCUGCCUCGUGGCCGUACCGCCUAGCGCCCUUCGUCACGCCUUCGCGUCACACGGUCACAUUUCAAGAAACCGACUCCACUCCGGAACCACCGCGGCGUACACCAAACGGAACCCACUCUGAUUCCGAGUCCCCGCGGCGCUACGUAGAGAGCGACGUGAACAUCCACUACAGAUGUCCCGUACGACACGACCCACUGCCGCUGGUGCCCGAGCGGGAGCUCGCGCGUCAGCAGGCCGAGCACAUGAAGCGGCUGUACAGGGAGCAGAGGCGGCACAAAUACCUGCAGGUAAGGGGACUGCAACGUAGAGAGCGACGUGAACAUCCACUACAGAUGUCCUGUACGACACGACCCGCUGCCGCUGGUGCCCGAGCGGGAGCUCGUGCGCCAGCAGGCCGAGCACAUGAAGCGGCUGUACAGGGAGCUGAGGCGGCACAAAUACCUGCAGGUAAGGGGACUGUAUCGUAGAGAGCGACGUGAACAUCCACUACAGAUGUCCCGUACGACACGACCCACUGCCGCUGGUGCCCGAGCGGGAGCUCGCGCGCCAGCAGGCCGAGUACAUGAAGCGGCUGUACAGGGAGCAGAGGCGG